GAUCAAGAGAACAAAAAUGCAUUUAAGUAGACAAACAGAUUGGCCAAGAACAGGAAAUGUAGGGAAUAAAAUCGAAGCGCAUUCCUUUGGAAAGCUGCUGCACCUGCAAGUAAUUAGACAGAUUUUCAGACAGCCAGCUGCCGUUUUCAUCAAAGCUCUGCUGUUGUCACUGUGGGAGGUGAACUCUGUUGCUGCAUGUGCUAUCAUGGACCUAUCAUUCUGGGUUUCCUGGCUGUGCAUGCUUUUCGGGGGCUGCAUUUGCUUUCCUCCUCAAACUGGUUACAGUUUUGCACAAGGAUUCAAUCAGGACAGGAGCCCACAGACUUCCAGCAAUUUAAUUCCCAGGGAACCUUUAAAGCCGACCUAUGACGAUGCUGUGAGCAAGCAAAACUUUGUUGCACGGCAGAAUGAACUGGCUUUCUAUGAAAACUGGUUGCGUUUUGGUGGCAGCUUCCCUGAAGGGAUGCCACUAAGCCAACCGGGUCGGGUGCAUAUGAAAGACAUUGACAAGAGUAUAAAGGGACAAAAUGUUUGGAGCAGACAAGGUAAAUUUGACCAAGCACUGGGGAAAAGCAGAUUUUUCACAAAGCCUGUCGACUUUACUGAAAACAUCAUCCCUUCUGCUCCUCAUUGGAACAGAGUAUUUAUCGAGCAAUCUGCUCACCAUCCACAUGAUGGUUCAAAUAACAUACCCAAUGAUGGUCUUCCUGGUGGACACAAUUAUAUUUUCUUUGGUGUUUCCAGGAACAAUCCUGCCCAGUCUGGCUCUGAGCCGCCACAGCACAGAGAAUCGCCCUCGGACAUAUUCCCUGGCCAGGGUUCCUUCGUCAAUCCUAACGCCGUAGCUGCUGUCGACGCCUCUAACAGCCCAACUCAAGAUCUCGCUUUCUUUUCAAAGAAGGGAGACAGAUCAGCUCCUUUAGGUUACCGGUCAAAGGUCCAUAAGACAAAAUACACGCCCACAUUUUCUUCUGGUUUCCCCAAAGUUGGCCAACCCCAUGUCCUUCCUCCGCCCAAAGCCCCGUCUUUGAAUUACUUUAUACCAUUUAAUCAGAUCUAUGUCCCGAACUAUGAUGGCAAAAACAAGAAGAAAAAAUCUAAAUCAUUCCACCAUGCGUACAAAGCCAGCCGUGGCAAGAAAUCAAAGGAUGGAUGCUAUCUUCCCCCAUCGUUGGAGAAGGCAUCUGCUGAAUCGUCUUCAAACUCGAAAUAUGUUUUUCCACAUCUGGGGUUAAAAGCAAAUGUGCCACAAAAGGAGCGAGAUGGAUCUCACCUGGCGUUUACCGUGAAACCUUCCAGUCCUCUGCGUGGCUCAACUGGACACUCCGGCUAUCUUGGAUACCAGACGUUGCAUUCUGAUCCCUUCAUGUUGGCUGCAAAUCCAGAAUACAAAAAGAAGACCUUCCACUUCGAACCAAAAGAAAAGCCUUUUCCCCAACAAAAUUUAAUCCAUAAAGAAAGCUCACCUCAGGCUCAUCUGGGCUCUUUUUCUGCUCAAGACAGAUUCCUUUUCCUAAAUGGUGGCUACAAGGAUGCAGUGAAAGCUGGCCUGCUAAAGCCCAUAAGCCAGCCUAUUAACUUUGCGUCUUGGCCUCAGGCGCUGUUGUCUGAACACAAAGAUCCAGAUAUGAAUUGUAUAAUCUGGAAGAACACACAAAGUUCCUCUCAACCAAGGUCCCGAAACUCAUCACGUUCUUCUUUAAAUGCGUUCAAGUUAAAAAACCGUUCUACAAGGGCCACGACGAUCUUGUCUAGGGCCUGUUACAAACCUUCUCAGAUGACGCUGAAAUGGCAAUGGAAACCUGCUUUAAGAUGAUUUAAUAAAUCCCACACCUCCCUAUGCAAAAGCAUUUGGUAAAACGGCGAAGAAGCGUUUCCUUGAGUUGCAAAAUGGUAUGUCACUUUUUUUUUUCUUUCAGAUCUAUGUACUGUUUGAAAUUUUGCCAAGUCUGUAACUUGAACUGUUUUUGUUUUUGUACUGCAUGCAAUCUAAUUGUCCCUGAAGAUGAGUUUCCAUCAUCCAAAGCAAUAAACUGUCCUAUUUGAGCACCAGGAAGCUUUUUGUAAUUC